AUGAACCAGCAGCAUGAGGAGCGCAUCUUUGUGCCCAAGGAUCUGGUCCUGGCACCUGGCGAGACAUCCUUCGGCAGAAAAGAGCGGCCAAGAACAGACGACAAGUCGAGUCCGCACGAGGUCCUGGGGACUUCCAAGGCGGCCAUUCCGGGACGUCGGAGAGAGCAUGGAGCAAAAUUUGCGGCAAGAAGAACCCCCCGCAAUCGCCUCAUAGCAUCCCUCCAACGCGCCCAUGGUGGUCCCGAAAGCGUGCAGCCCUCUAAAACAGCCUCCCCAGAGCUCCCUGGAACUGUUCCUGCAGCUAUCGUCGGUCAAGGGUUGACGAGCGACGACGCAACCACUGCCAUCCGUUUCACUGUUGAGAUACCCCCCGAGUCCCCAACACCAACCCUCGAGCCUGAGAGGCCUUGUCAAAAUCGCACUCGCUCGACUCCUUCCCCAACACAUGUGGGCAGUGUACUGACGCGAAACCAAGAACUGCCCUUGGUAACCGGAUUGGCUGAGCCUCCAGAUGUAGAAGCCACCAAAAUUACACCACGCAGGACAAGAAACUUUGACUCUGCGGCAUUCGAUGUCGCCAUAUACAGGCAGUCCGGGGCGAUGAACGCACCACACGGCAUGUCCUUUCCAAGCCAUCGGCAACAAAAGCCGCUGUCCUCAAGUCAGGACGGGAGAGUGUACAUCCACGCCAACCCGGCGAUUCACCUGAGCCACAAUCGGUCCGAGGGUUGGCACAAACAAAAGGCUCAUGAAAUAGAGGCUCGUGGCAGGCGAAAAGCCUGGUUCGGUAAAGUUUUCGAGAGGCAGCGCUGGCUUCGUGCCCAAGAGGUGGCUCGGAAAAGACAGGUUAACGGAAACGCAUCGGCCCGUCGACAUGUGACUCCGCAGCCGUGGACCUACAGACGGCCUUUGGACUUUGGAGACGUCGACGAAUCGCAUCUCCCCGAGGACGUCCUCGGAGAUCCCAACUGGCGAAAGGCCUGUGCGUGGCAUCGUGAGGUGCGGCAUAUGAAAACGCUGCGCCGACGCUUAGCGCUAAAGAGUGCGCAAGAGACGCAACAAUUUUUCAGGAACGUGAUAGGAGGCAUACGGCCCGGUCCCAGGCGAGGAUUCUUUCUCGACGAUCAUCCGUGA